UGCAUACUGCUUCUACAAACAUGUGAAAGACUGUGCAAUAUAUCCAUCCAUGAAAUUUCCUUGCUACUAAAUAUUCCACGGUCAACUGUUAGUGGAAUUAUAACAAAGUGGAAGCAACUGGGAACAACAGCAAUUCAGUCACCAAGAGGUAGGCCACAUAAAAUAACAUAGCAGGGUCAGCGCAUGCUUAAGUGCACAGAAGUCACCAACCAUCUGCAGAGUCAAUAGCUAAAGACCUCCAAACCUUGUGUGGCCUUCAGACUAGCACAAUAGUAUGUAUAGAGCUUCAUGGAAUGGGUUUCCAUGACUGAGAAGCUACAUCCAAGCCUUACAUUACCAAGUGCAAUGCAAAGCGUAGGAUGAAGUGGUGUAACGCACGCUGUCACUGGACUCUAG